AUGCCUUCAACUCCCCAGCCAGAGAAAGAUGAAGCGCACCUGCAAUUACUCGAAGAGAUGGACAUUUACUACGUCAAGAAACCAUUUCGAAAUCCAGACUGGAAACCGUCAAUACGUCGGAACAAGAAUAUCAAGCAGAUAGUCUCCGAGGCGCACCGAAAAGAGGCUUCAGUAGUUGCUACACAGAACAAUUCGGGCGCAUCCACACCUCAACCCCUUCAGUCGGACGGUGCUGCUACGCCUCAACCAAAUAUGGGACAAGCCACUCAGAGUCUUUCCACGCUCGUGCUUGAAAGAAACCUACAAAAAGCAGCGGCAAUGGGAGCGCAUGGCAAUGGUCCAGCAACUCUAGGCGCGAAUUUAGGACCAGCAGUGACUUACACAAACAUCGAGAGCGCUCCCAGCCUACAAACCAAGAAGCACUAUUGCGAUAUUACAGGACUGCCCUCUCGUUACACGGACCCAAAGACUAAGCUGCGAUAUCAUAAUCAGGAGAUCUUCGGUGUUGUGAGAACGUUAGCGCAAGGCGUGCCUGAUCAAUAUCUUGCUGCGAGAGGUGCCAACGUAAUCUUGAAAAGAUACUCAAGAAAGCGCUCCGGCUUAAUCGUGGUCACGAUAUUUAUCUUUUUUCUUCGCCAUGCUGAACACUACCGAAGCUCCAUGAAGUAG